UGCCGUCACCGAGAACCGCGACAGCUAGCUUGUUGGACACUUUCACCCCUCAGCCUCUCGAAACACGGCCAUGGAUGAUGAGAACAGGAACGGAGACCAGGAUACUGGACAACUUCUUUCCAACAGAGCGAAAAAGCCGUCUCCAGAUACAUUGACGAAACUCAUUAAGCGUCUGAGGCUGCUCACGUUCACGCUUCUGCCUCAUGAGGUUGAUGUUGAAAGUAUCAGCAACCCUGUCAGCAAAGUGAUCACUCCAAAUGUUGUCAACGCGUACUUGGACGCAGCUGGAGACUUCAAGGCAGCUCUCCCCUACUGCCUUUUGCAAGCGCGUGCUCGGUUUAUGAGUGAAGCGAAUAAUAAUCCUGCCGAUUAUGAUGAAAACCUAGGCAGAGCUACUGCUUGUGAGGUUAUUGCACGUCGCAUCGUACACCAGAGCCCUACGGACCAGCUUGAUGAACUCAUGUCCGCUCGGUACAGCCACAUACAAAUGGACGGAGAUGCCAGCGAGCUUUCAAGUGCGCUUGAGGUUGCCAUCGACUCGCACAGCACUAUCUUCAUCUCCUCCAGCGAGGCACAGAGCGUUGUCAACUCUCUUUGGAAUGGUGAAGUCGUCCAAAAGCAUAUCGGAAAAUCUGACAUUCAAUAUGUUCCUUACCAUCGAACACAUGGGGAUGAUAUCUGGAGUCACUUUGACGCUACUAGAAUUUCUGUCCCUCGGUAUCAGAACUUUUUCAGGAUUAUCGUCUGGCUAGCCUUCCUAGUCGUUUACUCUCAAGCCGUACGCGAGCCCAUCGAACGACUUAACCCUGAUCCCAUGCCUGGAGACUUUUGGGAGUAUAUCUUGUACUUCCUGGCUCUGGCCUUUUGGUUCGAAGGUAUGCUAGAUGGUUAUUCUUACGAGCCUUGGUACAAACUCUUCCGAUACGCAACGUGGAGGGCUUUCAGCUUUUGGAACGUCAUUGCAUUUAUCACCGACUGCUUGCUUGCUGCUGCAUUCAUCCUCCGCGUGGUGGGGUUGAACCAGCAGGGGGAAGCGGCGAAUUACUACCGCCUGCGGAGUUUCCAAGUGCUCAGUUUCGUUGCGCCAUUUAUUUGGUUACUACUCACUGUCUUUGACGGAUACAAAUAUGUUGGGACAAUGCAAAUAUGCGUCGCCCGGAUGCUGCAGGAAUCGGGCAUCUUCUUCGCGCUACUAUCUAUCUUGGCCUUAGGAUUCUUGCAAGGCUUGUAUGCAUUGGACGCCGCCGAUGGACAAAUUGAAGAUGCAUCUGUGGUCAUCCAUGUUCUGGUCCAAGCACUGCUCCAAUCACCUAAUUACGAGAAAUUCGCACCAAGCAUCGCUGGCCUCAUUUUGUACUACUUCUGGAACGUCGUGACGGCACUCAUCCUCUUGAAUGUGCUCAUCUCGCUCUUUUCAUCGGCGUACUCAGACGUUGUUGAUCAUGCUGAGGCGGAGUACCUGGCGUUCUUCGCCAGCAAGACAGUCGCCAUGAUCAGAGCACCAGACUCUUUUGUUUAUCCCGCUCCGUUCAACCUUAUUGAAAUGUUCUUCAUUGCACCACUGGAAUGGCUACCUAUAUCAUCGAAAACCUACGCCAAGAUCAACCGCCUCGUUAUGACUAUUCUCUUCUUCAUCCCGUUGUCUGUGAUCGCACUCUACGAGUGCCUGACGCAGCGCCGGUCCUGGAUGGUAGACUGGUUGGAGGUUGCGGACGAUGGGGAUCAGCUCAGUGACGAAGCCAAGGACCCGCAGGUGGACGAGGUUCAGGAAGAAGGGCGGACCAUCACCCAGGUACCGUUUGAUGAGCUUGUGAAGAAGUUCCCCAAUACGAAGGAGUCCGGCGAGGACUCGAUCAGGAGAGAGAUAAGAGCGCUGAACGAGAGGAUGACAGAGCUGUUGCAAAAGAUUGAUAGUAUGCAAACUUCGUAGAUGAGCACCCAUUUCUGGUUGGAUUUAUC